AUGGAAUCCCAUCACAGCAGCAUGAAUAGCCCUUUUAUUGACCCAUCAUCAAUGCAACAACAUCACCUUCCUAUCUCCGAUGCAAUGAUGUAUGCAACUCCACCGCACCCUGCAACAGCGUACUUGUCGCCAAUAAGCAGUAAUGGUCGUGGCAGUAACAUCACUUACUCUGCUGGUGGUGGUGGAGCCUUAUAUCCCGAAAUGUCCGGCACAGCGACUUCGACACCGCUUACUCCAACAGUGUCACCCACUCAUUACGAUACAAUGCAACAACAACAGCAGCAGCUCAUUAAUUCAGCACGCAAGUAUUCGGUUGAUGUUGGACCUUUUGGAUACAUGAGCCAUCCACGUCAACAGCAAUUUUGGAUGAUGCAGCAAGAUGAGUUAAUGCGUCGCAGCUCCACAGCAACCAACAUUUCACUUGAUGAACAAGGAACUUUAUCGCAUCAUAGUGUACCAACACCGCCUUCAGAUUACACAAGUAGUGGUGACAUCCUUCAACAACAACAACAUCAACAACAACAACAACUUGCCAUGAUGCCACCACCACCCUCCUCCUCUGUAUCAGGUGAUGGUAGCAAAAAGAGGCAUGUUAAAAUGACACCACCAGCUGCAAAAAGCACCGAUCGCCCCAAUGUGCAACAUAAGCAUGUAUGCAAGUAUGCAUUUUGUGGAUGGAGUUUCAAACGUUAUGAGCACUUGAAACGGCACAUGUUGGUGCAUACAGGAGAAAGACCAUACCAAUGUCGAUUUCCUGGAUGUGGCAAGAGCUUUAGCCGAUCCGACAACUUUCAUGCGCAUUGCCGAACGCACACCAAAAAGGCCAUGCAACAACAACAGCAACAGCAACAAGCACUUGGUAACACAGGAAAUCAAAAAACGGCGACAGCUGUCAAUGGGCCCGGUGAUGAUCAUAAUGGGAUGGCUACUGUGUCACAUGCUUUAUCAACGCGAACGGACGACUUACCAAAUGGAUCAGCAGCCUUUUUUGAGCAACGUGGUGAUGCCGCUACCCCAUUGUAUGAGCAACACGCUAAUUCUAUUAUCGAUCCCAAGUCAUCAUUCCAGCCGCAUAAUGCCGCUGUUGUGCCGCAACCCACAAUGACGCUAAAUCAUGAAACCGGUUUCCACCACCAACAUCAACCAGUAAUGGAAACAACUCCUUUGUCGUCAUCUGCAGGAUCUCCUUUUACAACUUUUUCAAGCAGCAACAUUACUACUACUACACCAGGCAUGUUACUUCAUCCAUUUCCUUUUGACAUGAGUACAAGGCUAUCAGCACAACAACAGCAACAACCACCACCCAUCCAACUCAAAUCACACAUGUGCCCUGUGCCACAAUGCCAACGAAGAUUUAAGCGUCUGGAACACCUAAAGCGACAUAUGCGUAUUCAUACUUUGGAACGUCCCUUUCCAUGCACGUUCCCCAACUGCAACAAGGCCUUUUCCCGUUCCGAUAACUUGUCGCAACACAUGAAGACUCACCAACGACACGAAGACCGACGCAAACGUCAGCUACAGCAACAGCAACAACAACAGCAGCAGCAUGAAUUAGUCGGCACUAUUCAUGCACCAGGGGUUGAUAACAGCGACAUGGGUUGGAGAAACCCCAACAAUGAUAACGUUAUCGCCACCACCACUACUACUACGAUCACCCAUCAUCAUCCAGCCAUAACGACAACGGCUGCAACUACCAAUACAGCAUCCGUAGGAUGUUGA